UGGAUUCCCUACAUCGCCACCGCCGAUGCCCAUCGGGUUGAUCGCCGGUGGUCCCGCGAGACAUAAGGCGGGACUUGUAAUCGCGCGGAGGAUAGUUUUCCGGCGACCGGUCUCACUGAAAUCAAAUACAGUAAACGAAAGUGAAGAACGUAUACGGUGAUCUGCUCUGAAGCUCAGCUGGUUUGUCCCUGCUCGCACCGGGCGACGGUCGAUGGCGGUCGACUCGGAAUCGGCCCUUCAGGGCGAAGAAGAGGAGGAGGAGGAGGAGGAGCGCUUGCUGGACGAAGAUGCGCCGGCUCAUCAUCCCGUCGCACCGCCCGACGAGUCAUUUGACCUCUCAACAACAGUUGAUCCCAGCUACAUAAUUUCCCUCAUACGGAAACUUCUACCGCCCAAUCAGACAUAUAACUCUUGCUCCGGUGGAGUUGAUGGAAACAAUUCCCAGAAGUCAAACUCGGAUCUCAUUGAAGAAAAGCUGGCCCUGGCAGAUAGUAUGAGAGCACAAGAUUCAGCAAACGACUUUCCUGAGAUAAUGGACAUUAUUGAUGAUAAUAAUGAAUCUGCCUGUGAAGAAGGAAAAGUUGAUGGAGAGUCAGGUUGCGGAAAUGGAUUGCCCAAAGCUUCUACAUUAGAAGAGGUUUGGGAAGGGUAUGGUUGCAUUCUGUGGGACCUUGCUGCAAGUCAAACUCAUGCCGAACUCAUGGUUGAGAACCUUGUUCUGGACGUGCUUUUGGCAAACCUCACAGUCUCCCAAUCCGCUAGGGUUAGAGAGAUUUGUCUUGGAAUUAUAGGGAAUGUUGCUUGCCAUGAGGUUCUCAUGAAGAGUAUAGUUUCUACUAAGGGGCUCAUUGACGCAAUUGUGGAUCAACUGUUUUUGGAUGAUACCCAAUGCUUAUGUGAAGCUUGCCGGUUUUUGACCUUGGCUAUUCAAGGUAAUGAAAGUAUUACUUGGGCGGAGGCUUUGUUGUCUGACCAUGUUAUUCGCCGUCUUGUUUGGAUUGCAGAGAACUCCUUGAAUCCACUGCUUAUAGAAAAGAGUGUUGGGCUACUUUUAACGAUGUCAGAAAAUCAACAAGUUGCGUCGAUUCUUCUUCCUCCUUUGAUUGAUAUCGGCCUGCCAAAUGUCCUCUUCAAUCUUCUGGCUUAUGAGAUGAGCCGACUAACAAGUGAAAAAAACCCUGAAAGAUACCCUGUGCUUGAUAUAAUUCUCCGUGCAAUUGAGGCUCUAUCUGUGAUGGAUGAUCAUUCUCACAGAAUCUCUUCAAAUAAGGAACUCAUUGGACUUGUUCGUGACCUGGUCAAACUUCCUGAUAAGAUGGAGAUUGCCGAUUCUUGUGUUACUGCAGCAGUUCUGAUGGCCAACAUUAUGUCUGAUGUCACCAACCUAGCUACAGAGAUGUCACUGGAUUUGCCCUUUUUACAGGGUUUGCUUGACAUAUUACCAUUUGCUGCAAAUGACAUGGAAGCACGGAAUGCUCUGUGGAGUAUUAUCGUCCAAUUGCUGGUUCAUAUUAAGGAAAGUGAAAUGGGAUUCUCCAUUUUGUAUCAAUAUGUGUCAGUUCUUGCAAGCAAGUGUGAUCUGAUCGAGGAAGAUCUUUUGGACCAUCAAACAGAUUCAUUCAUUAAACAUGGAAGCUCUGAUGGUUGUGAGACUAAACCAAAUGUCAUAAUUAUGGCCCUCAAACGGAUAAUUAGUAUAUUGCACCACUGGAAAACUUUGAAGGAUAAUGCUGAGGAGAACAGUUUGUCAGGAAAGCAUCAUGCUGAUGGAUCCUUGGUUGAUAAGUUGCUUCACUGCUGUGAAAAAUAUAUCAAAUGUUUAUCCUAGCAGGUGAUUGAAGCCUGGAUGUAGCACACUGGCACUACUAGUACUGGUUCUUCAAUUUUCAUGUGCCACUUCGAUGUUCUGCAAGGAUUUAGCUAUUGCAGACGCAUCCCGAUGGACCAUCUCAAUCGAUCUGUUAUCGAAGGAACUUCCGCAUGAAUGAGGGUUGCAGUGCAACAUACUUUUCAUCAUGCAUGUUGGAGGUCUCAUUGGACUUGCCUAAUCAUUGCUGCAUCCGCCUGAUAAAUUUGAUCAUGAAAACCAUGGAGUUAACUCUGCAGAUUCAGAGGAACUUGCUUGAAAAGCGUUGCCUGCCCAAUGGACAGCUGUCCCUCCAUGGUACCGAUAGGUUAUAUUUAAAGUUCUCGUGGACUGAAUAUUUGGAGAAGACAUCUUCUUGAAGUCUGUACAUUCCACAAGGCUAUGGAGUUCUCCCAUUACUAUGUCUAGGGCUGCCUGGUUUCCCGGAUUAGUGAUGCAGUAGCACUCAGUGAAUUGCUCCUCUACCUGGUGGGGACUUGUCAUAUACAUGAGCCGGUCUUGAUUCUAAUUGUACGGGGCUUUGUCAUUGCCACAGACAGUGAAUUUAUCUUGUGCUUAUCUCCCAAAGGUAUUUGAGUUUGCAUGUUUGAUCUA